CUUAAGAUAACCCCAACGAAAGAAGUCUAACGGCGUCAAGUCACAUGAUCUUGGCGGCCAAUACACAUCACCAUUUUUAAAGUGAUUUUUUUUUUCUGGUUUUGCAGGCAAAUUUAAAAUGUCAGUUCAUUUUGGGACACCCUGUAAAUGCUGAAAAUGUAAAUGAGGUGUUGAUAUCAGUUCUCACACUGCAGUCCAGUAGGUGGUGAUAAUGAACCUGAACAGUGUAGAUCAGCCACCUCAAUCCAAACAAGAAGAAGAAGCUGCAGCAGCCUGUGUACUAAAGUAAAUCAUCUAUCUUUAAUAAUGCAGUCAGCAGAAGAGGGACACGUCGCUCCUGUGGAUCUACAACAUGAAGAAUUCCAGAUAAAAAUAAUAAAGAAGGAAGAAGAUGAAGAAGAUGAUUUCUCCUAUGAAGGAUCCAUAAUCCCUGUGGAAAUCAUCACCUCUGAGGAAGACCUUCCCCCAAAAGACCAACAGUGUGGAGGUUUCCAGAUGAAGCCUGUGAAGAAGGAAGAACCUGAAGAUAAAGAUGAACUCAAACUGAACAAGGAUUUCUCCUGCUCCUCGUGUCCACGUUCCUCUACAACCCAAAAUCACCUCCACAAUCACAUCAAGAGCUGCAACCAUGAUAAAUAUGAUGAUGCGCUGGUGAAGAUUAAGACUGAACAUGAGGAUCUGACGCCCACCAGAAGCUCCAGUAAUCAGCAAACGUCCUCUGGUACUGUCAGCAUUAACACCUCUCUCAGUCCCACACAGGAAGAAGGAAACGUCUGCUCACAGUGUGGGAAGAGCUUCAGGUUCCAGAGUGAUCUCAAAGUACACCAGCGCAUUCACACUGGAGAGAAACCGUAUCAGUGCUCUCAGUGUGGGAAGAGUUUUAAUACACACAGUCAUUUCAAAGUACACCAGCGCAUUCACACUGCAGAUAAACCGUAUCAGUGCUCACAGUGUGAGAAGUGUUUUAAUCAACAUAUCAGUCUUAAAACACACCAGCUCAUUCACACUGGAGAGAAACCAUAUCAGUGCUCACAGUGCGGAAAGAGUUUUAUUACACAGAGUCAUCUUAAAAAACACCAGCGCAUUCACACUGGAGAGAAACCGUAUCAGUGCUCACAGUGCAGCAACUCCUUUGUGCGUUUUUCGUGCCUUAUAAAACACAAGUGUAACAGAACAAAUUGUACUAAAUAAAC